UGGUGCCCCGAGGGCUGCGACACCACUCGUGUCAUCAUCAUCUUCACCGGCAAUAUUUUCCGAUGACAACAGCGGUAUCGACCGCUAAAACACAACACGGACUCCAACACAUGAUUGUCCCCACUGUUCAUUUACCAACCUAUACACAAUUGUAAUUGCCCAUUAACGCACCCGCUUAUCUCUCUAAGCCAAAACACAAUCACCGCGGCCAAAACACGAUCAGCCGCGGAACAAAAUGUUAUGAAAACAAAGCUGCGUCACCGCGUGAAUUAAGCAUGUCGGUUAGGUAGAUUAUUGUAUGAGCUCGGUGUGAGUUUGAUGUAUGACUCACACGCCUGACGUAUUACCCUCGCGAUGUCUGCCUAUAUAAGAAGCAUUUCUCCAGGCUUGACCUCAGAUUAACCAGCACUCUGUUCGUGGCUGGACACUCAGUUGUCCUUCCCUAGACAACAUGGGUAGAACAUUCAUCGUUGCUACUAUCCUGGGUGUUGCCCUCUCCUUGUCUUCCCUUGAUCCCUCCCGGGAGCAACCCAUUCGUCCCGGCCUCGUCUUCUCCCCAGUCUUUAAGAUGCUGUUGACAGGACGGUACUAUGUUGUCCCCGUCGUCAUCAAGACGGACGACAUCCAACGUCCUCUCAUCAACGUGGCAAAUCUAACAGCGGAAGUUUCAUGGUCGAUUGAACAUAUGAAUCAAUCGUUCCCUACUGUUGGUCUGCUCAGGCGCACUCUAGACUCUUUUCACAUUGAGUUUGAGAAGUUAUUCAAAGAUCUUAACAGCUUUCUGUCGGCUAUGAGUGGUAGAGAUGGAAGCCCAUUUCGGACUCGCCAGAAGCGAGGGGCCGUGGAUUUCCUUGGCUCGGUAGCAAACCUCCUUUUCGGUACGGCCACUCAGGCCCAAAUAGAUGUGAUACACGGGAAGCUCUCCCAGCUCUACACUCUGUCCACAGAAGAGAGACGUCAACUUAACCUCCAUCAGGAAGUCCUCAACGCCACAGUUCGGGACCUCCGUCAUGUUCAUUCUGCCAUCUCCCGUCUAGAGUCCGCCUCGGCUUUGGCCUCAGCUAUUAUCCGUCAGUUCUCACUAAAAACCUUGCAAAUUGAAGGGGAAAUGCGUAUUUUGGAGACUAUCCUUCUCAUUCAGUUGGCACUUAGUGACCUAAAUCAUGAUACUCUGAAUCUCAAGCUUGGCCUUCAGCAGCUGUCCCAACCGCAGGUUUCCCCUCUCCUCCUUCCAAAUGAUGUACUAUUUCGUGUGCUCAGCAAUGCGUCACUCCAUUACCCAGGCUUACUUUUCCCUGCAGCACAUGAAUAUUUAGCAUUGUAUAGAGAUGUCUCUAGGGUUAUUUCUAAAGGUACGCUUUCCUCAGGAACCCUUCACUUCUACUUACAAAUCCCCAUGAAAGGGGAUCCUCUGACGUGUUCGAUGUGUUUAAAAUGGACGCGUUGCCUUUUCAUCUUGAUGGCACGCCAUAUUUUCUGCACACCGACACGCUUUCCACUUACCUUGCGGUUUCUGAAGACCGCACUCACUAUAUGCUCUUAGACUCCUUGGACCGCUGUACUAAACACCACCUGCUCUAUGUAUGUCCCCCUGUCGCCCCUGUCUACUCGACUUCUGUCCAGCGCUGCGAGAUCGCUCUCUUUCUCGAUCGCCCAGACGCCCUCUCGCUGUGUUCUAAGUCUCUCCUCAGAGUCUUCCCCCCGGUCUUCAUCCCGUCUCCUGCGGGCUGGGUCUUCGCUACCGAUACUCCCCAGAUGGUCACCAUGGUCUGCCCGGACAGCCCGGUCUCCAAAUACAGGCAGACCAUCAACGGGACGGGUCUCCUCCGCCUCGGUAUGGGCUGUAGUGCCCACUCCGACGCCUUCAGCCUCCCUGCCUCUGCUACUAUGGACGGUGACGCCCCGCUGACGGUUCAUCCCGCCCCCUUCCACAU